CACUCUUCUUGUUUACCACGAACUUUACACACCACUUCAUAGACAUACACACCUUUCAAAUCGCUAAACUAUGGCUUCAGGCGGGCCUCAGUUUACUGACAGAGCCGCAAAGGCGCUGGGCGACGCUGCGAAUCUGUGUGAACAAUAUGCGCACUCUCAGAUUCUACCAGUGCACCUCGCAGUCGCUCUAUUUGAUCCUCCUCCAGAUGAGUCAAAAGACCAACAGACAACAGUCAAUGCCUCUCAGUCCCAUGCUUCGGCUCCUCUCUUCCGGCAAGUCGUAGAAAGAGCCCAUGGUGACCUUCAACAACUCGACAGAGCACUCAAGAAAGGUCUCGUCCGGUUACCCAGUCAAGACCCUCCCCCGGACCAUGUCACCAUGUCACCAGCUCUUUCCAAAGUGAUCAGAUCAGCCCAAGAACUGCAAAAGACGCAAAAGGACAGUUUCAUUGCCAUUGACCAUCUGAUCACCGCUUUAGCGCAGGACCAAAAGAUCCAAGACUACCUCCGAGAGGCUAACAUCCCCAAUACCAAACUCAUCGAUUCCGCAAUCCAGCAGAUCCGGGGCACGAAACGAGUGGACUCAAAGAAUGCGGAUUCGGAAGAAGAGAAUGAAAACCUCAAGAAAUUCACAAUUGACAUGACACAGCUGGCAAGAGAAGGAAAGAUCGAUCCAGUCAUUGGCCGAGAAGAAGAGAUCCGGCGUGUCAUCCGCAUCCUCUCCAGAAGAACAAAGAACAACCCAGUGCUGAUCGGUGAACCUGGUGUCGGCAAGACUACCAUCAUCGAAGGUCUGGCUCAGCGAAUCAUCAAUGCCGAUGUUCCUGCAAACUUGGCAGCCUGCAGACUGCUCUCACUCGACGUGGGAUCAUUGGUCGCCGGCAGCAAGUACCGGGGUGAGUUCGAGGAGAGAAUGAAAGGCGUCCUCAAAGAGAUUGAAGCAUCCACCGAAAUGAUCGUCCUGUUCGUCGAUGAGAUCCACUUACUCAUGGGCGCGGGCUCCACUGGCGAGGGUGGUAUGGAUGCUGCGAAUCUCCUCAAACCAAUGUUGGCCCGUGGUCAACUACAUUGUAUUGGCGCUACAACUCUCGCAGAGUACCGAAAAUACAUCGAGAAGGAUGCCGCCUUCGAACGACGGUUCCAGCAAGUUCUUGUGAAGGAGCCUUCGGUGCAGGAGACGAUCUCCAUCCUUCGUGGUCUAAAAGAAAAGUACGAAGUUCACCACGGUGUCACCAUCCUCGAUGGUGCUAUCGUUGCAGCAGCGAGCUUGGCCGCCAGGUAUAUGACUCAGCGAAGGUUGCCUGAUUCGGCCGUCGAUCUCAUUGACGAAGCAGCUGCAGAUGUCCGGGUCAUCCGCGAGUCGCAGCCCGAAGCACUCGACAACCUCGAACGAAGACUUCGACAACUAGAGAUCGAGAUCCAUGCUCUACAAAGAGAAACCGACGAAGCGUCAGUCGAGCGUCUGGAAGUCGCCAAGCGUGAGGCCGCAAACGUCAAGGAGGAACUUGAACCGCUCAAGGAACACUACGAACGAGAGAAGAACCGGUCCAAAGAACUCCAGGAGAUGAAGAUCAAGCUUGACCAACUCAAGAACAAGCGAGACGAAGCUGAACGAUCUGGCGAUCUUCAAACCGCCUCCGACUUGGAAUACUAUGCCAUUCCCGAUGUCGCUGCCAAGAUCAAGCAACUCGAUAAUGCCCGAGCUCAAGCGGAUGCCGAGCAGCAUGUGCGGUUGGGAGCCAUGGGCGAGGUCUCACCAACAGACGCAGUUGGUCCCGAACAGAUCAACGCCAUCGUGGCCAAGAUGACUGGUAUUCCGGUCACAAGACUGCGUGCCUCGGAGAAGGAGAAGAUUCUUCAUAUGGAGCAGCAUCUGCAGAAGGUUGUUGUCGGACAGAGAGAAGCCGUCAAGGCAGUCUCGAAUGCCAUCAGACUGCAACGAUCAGGUCUGGCAAAUCCAAAUCAACCACCCAGCUUUUUGUUCUGCGGUCCAUCAGGUACCGGUAAGACUUUGUUGACCAAAGCGCUUGCUGAAUUCCUCUUCGACGAUCCGAAAGCCAUGAUCAGAUUCGACAUGUCAGAAUAUCAGGAACGACACUCAUUGUCGAGGAUGAUUGGUGCUCCUCCUGGUUACGUCGGACAUGAUGCUGGUGGUCAACUCACAGAAGCACUCCGUCGGCGUCCCUUCUCAAUCUUGCUCUUCGAUGAGGUGGAGAAGGCUGCCAAGGAAGUCCUGACCGUCAUGCUUCAACUUAUGGACGACGGCAGAAUCACUGAUGGCCAAGGACGUGUCAUCGACGCCAGGAACUGUAUCGUGGUCAUGACCAGCAAUCUCGGCGCCGAGUAUCUGUCACGCAGCAAUACAGCUGAUGGCAAGAUCGACCCGACCACUCAAGAACUCGUCAUGAACGCACUUCGCAACUAUUUCUUACCGGAGUUCUUGAACAGAAUCAGUUCGAUUGUUAUCUUCAACCGGUUGACUAGGAAGGAAAUCAGAAGAAUUGUCGAACUCAGACUUUCGGAGAUCCAGAAACGGCUCGAAGCAAAUGACAAGAAGAUUCGCAUCGACGCCGACGAAGAGGUCAAGGACUACCUGGGUGCUGCUGGUUAUUCACCAGCUUAUGGCGCUCGUCCUUUACAGAGAUUGAUUGAGAAGGAAAUCCUCAAUCGCCUGGCUGUUCUCAUCCUCAGAGGAGCCAUCAAAGAUGGUGAAACUGCUCAUGUGGUCUUGGACGAUGGCAGAAUUACUGUUCUACCUAAUCACACCGACAGUGACCUCGAGGAGGAUGCCGACAUGAUUGAUGAUGACGAUGCUAUGUUGGAGAUUGAGGAUGCACCGGAUGCUCCCAAUGGCAACAUGGACCUUUACGAGUAAUUGAACAACAGCAUUGAUGAUUCUGACAGCGAAUAAGCGAAUGUGCAGAAGGCGUUCAUGGAAGCAUAGAUGGCAUAUUGGGCACGACACCCUCCGGGAAAACAUUCUAGGAAUCUGAUGAGAUAGCUGGAUCUGUGGCUUACACAGUCCCAAAUAAUACUAAGAAUUAGAAAUUCA